AUGUAUAACAUUAUACAAUUGGGUGGGUGGGGUGAGUGCCAUGGCGGCGUGAAGCGGGGAGAGCUGGAAUCCUCUGCAAUGAAGGACACAUUGUCUUUCAAAACACCGUUCACAAAGUUUCCGGUUGUUCUCAGCACGGGGACAUCACCGCCCCACGUCUCUGGCACGGACUCACGCUUUUCUCUCUGUGAUCAAUCUCUCACCUCGGAACAGUUCCCAUGCUUCACCAACGGAGUAGACGCCGAGAUCUUCUUCGAAUUGACGACGCACAGCAUCCACCCGUUCAUCAUCCCCGUCCAGCACAUCAUGGAGACACGUCGCGAGAGCCACGACAUCAGACUAUAG